CCUUGGAAUAACUUGUAUGUGAUUGUCUGUGUAUUUUGAUUGUGUCACGCCGAUGCUUCCUUUGCACUGUUCUUAGGCUGUGAUACAUAUUUUGGUGUGUCUUCUUAUUAAAACAUCAUAAUAUUUAUCCUCAUAUUUCCCUCGUCAUUUAAACCUUCGUGUACAAACACCCAAAAAAAACAAACAAAAGAAAUAAUAAAUUACAAUGUUGAUUAAGGAUAUGUAUAAUUGUACUAUAGAUCUCGGGAGUUAUUUUCAGUAUUUAUGUAUCACAUUGUCAACACUGUUAGUUUUAUCAUCUAUAUUUCCUGUAAAUGCUGUACAAGAGUUUACUGUUUAUCGUGCUCAACAGUAUGAUUUCCAAGGUGUUAGUAUAGGCAGCCGACUUUCAUCAUUAAAUUGUGAAGCUCAAACACACAGCAGUCGAUUGAUUGGUCGAAAUUGUCUUCUUCUAAGACUAGCCGAUGUAUCUUUAAAUAUUAUCAAGGAUGCUGUGUUUCAUAAAGUUUCUGGCCUAGUAAUCAUUCUGCCAUCACAUUCAUGGUCACAAGCAUUGAUAAAUCAUUUCGUCUAUUUAGAAAAAGAAAUACUGACUGAUGAAUUUCAAAUCCCCAUUUACUUCACACUAAACAAUUCUGCACUCCAAGAAGUUUAUGAACAAGUUAGCCAGCUGACAGCGUCUAGUACUCAAACUUCAGGGAUAUCUGCAAUAACUCGGGCCAUAUCUUCAACUGGUUAUCGCCUAUUGGCUGGAUAUCAAACACCGAAACCCAUCACGGAUAAUUAUAUGAUAAAUAUAGAGGGUCGACUAGGAAAAGAGAGUGCUAAGUCAGCGAUCAUUAUCUGUGCACAUUAUGAUGCUAUUUCUGCUGUACCGAGCUUAGCUUUUGGUGCUGAUGCAAAUGGUAGUGGCGUUGUCAUUUUAUUGGAACUUGCUCGUCUGCUAUCACAACUUUAUUCAGAUGAAGCCAAUAGAUCGCCAUACCAAAUUGUAUUCCUUUUAACGGGCGGUGGAAAGUUCAAUUUCGUCGGGUCUAAACGUUGGCUUGAUCGAAGUAUUGAAGAUUCUGUUGGUUUAGCUCUCUUAGAUUCAGUUGCUCAAGUCAUCUGUUUAGAAGGUUUGGGUUCUUCCAAUUUUGGUCAGAAUAUGUAUGCGCAUGUCUCAAAACCACCGAAAGAAGGCUCAUUUUCAUACAAUUUCCUCAAAGCUUUGAAUGUAUCAAGUCAUCUGCAUCCUUAUCCAAAUGAGUUGUCAAAUUCCAAAUCACUGGACAACAAUGACAACAACAACAACAAUCAGUCAAGUUUCGUGCAUAUGAUUCAUAAAAAGAUCAAUUUGAAUCAAGAAAUUCUAGCCUGGGAACAUGAACGCUAUUCAAUUCACAGGUUGCCCGGCUUAACUCUGUCCAAUUGGCCGUCUGUUCAUAUAGCUAGUCAAUGGCGUCAAACAUCACUUGAUGGCGGUGUACCAAUGGAUACGGGUGAUGAAAAUGCUGGUUCUCAUCAUCGUGGCAAUGUUAGCCCACUUCUGUUGGCGCGGAAUACUCAUGUUAUUUUAGAAGCUUUAUUACGUGUAAUAUAUGAGAUGAAUUCAUCGCAUCCGAUCAUAAAGAAUUCACCGAUAGUACCACCUCAUUGGUCGUCUGAAGUCAGCACUGGUGCAUUAUUAGAUCUAAUAACUAAAUAUCCACGUAGUGCUCAAUAUUUAACGUCUAAAUGGAUGACAAAAACUCAAGAACGCAUGUUUACUGAGAUACCAACAGCACAUCGACUCAAUGGUGGUGGUGGUGGUGGUAAAGAUGCUGUUUCACAUAAAGCAGGAAUAAUUAAAAGUUUAGAGCACUAUUUGUCAAGAUUUAUGGAUGAUGUUCGUGUUGUUCAACACUCGUUGACUGAUGAAACAAUUAAAGUUAGUGACAAGACCUCUUCGUCUUCGUCAUCAUCUGGUCCUAGAGGUGGAGGAGGAGCUCAGACAAAAAAUUCUGCUGAAUCCACUGGUAAUUCAGUCCCGUCAAUUGUUACUUCAGCGGCAGCAUCAACAGAAGUCGAAGUUGUUUUGUAUUCUGAUGUAACCCCAUGUGUUAUGUCUCUUCACAGGCUAAAGUCAUCGGUAUUCGAUUUCGCUAUAGCUUGUGUUGUCGCUAGUUAUCUUGGUCUUGUAUAUUUACUUUUGGAGCAUUUUCAUCUAGUCUUGAAUUUGUUCAAAUUCAACAAAAUUGUCAAGUCAAAAUCACAAUAAAGCCCAAUGCCGUCGAUGGCGCAGCACCUUGACGUUGUUGAUAGGUGUGUGUGUGUGUGUGUGUGUGUGUGGAGCAGCACUUAUUAUUAUUAUUAUUAUUGAUUAGUAGUGCAAUGAUUUCUUUUAUCUCUCGAAAAUGCAAAGGCAACACGGAUCUUCGUUCAUUUUAUACUUCUAGUUAUUUGUGUGAAUAAUUUCUUCAGUUAUUUCUUCGUUUCUUUAUUUUCUUGUCUUUAUACGUAUAAAUAUGAUUUCAUUACUAUCACACCAACUAUGUUUGUUUGUAUACAUAAUUUUCUUUAAUGUAUAAUGAGCUAUAGUCAAGUGGAUUUGUCCCAUAUUGUAUUUUGAAACCCAUACCCUACAUUAUUACUCUUUACUUGUUGGCAAGCAUUUCAAGUGCUAUAGCAAACUUUACGUGUUUUAAUUUGUUGUAUUAUUUGUAAUGAGAAUAUAAACUUCAUAAUAUUAUGUAUUGGUGUCUCCA